UUUUAACAUAGUGGGAAGGGUUCACUAUAAUGGCGCCUGAGAUCAGUUGUAAUAAUGUGUAACCAGUAAAAAAUAAGUGUCAUCGAAAAUGGAUCAAGACUAUUAUGAGAUAUUGCAAGUUAGCAGAAGUGCGACGGACUCCGAGAUAAAAAAUGCCUAUCGUCGUCUGGCAUUGAAAUUUCAUCCAAGCAACAACAAAGAACCUGAAAGUCUCAGGAUCUUCAGUGAACUGGGUGAAGCCUAUGAUGUUCUGUGUGACUCUCUGAGGAAGGCAACCUAUGACAUUUAUGGGGAGAAAGGUUUGAAGGGAGGCUUGGAUUGGUCAUCAAAAUAUUCUUACCAUGGCAAUCCGGAGAAAACCUUCCGGCAGUUUUUUGGAGCAGACAUGCCCUUCUCAGAUUUCUAUGCUGACGACGCGCCGCUCAAGUUUGCUGGCCUCACUCCUGAAGUUGUUAAAGUCCAGGACCCCCCCAUCGAGAAAGAGCUUCAUUUGACUCUCGAUGACCUUUUUCAUGGACGCAUGAAGAAGGUCAUGAUAUCUCGUCGGGUAAUGAACGAGGAUGGAUGCACGUACAGUAAUAAAGACAAGAUACUGACCAUACAUGUCCAACCUGGAUGGAAUGAAGGGACUAGAAUUGUUUUCCCCCGAGAAGGAGAUCAGGGCACGAACAUCAUCCCUGCCGACAUUAUCUUCAUUGUGCGGGAGAAGAGUCACCCUCUAUUUGUCAGACAAGGUGAUGACUUGAUCUACAAGACGCAGAUCUCACUGCUGAUGGCUUUGACUUGUUUCUCAGUCACAGUGAAGACUCUGGACAGCCGCGAGCUCAACAUCCCCAUCAAUGAGAUUGUCCAUCCGUCAUACAAGAAAGUAGUGCCUGGUGAGGGAAUGCCACUAUUCGAGGAGCGCACCAGGAGAGGGAAUCUCAUCCUCGUCUUUGACAUUAAUUUUCCAGGGAAGCUGUCAGUUAGAAGGAGGCAGCUGAUAACGCAAGCUCUAUUGUUCAAGAAAUAGACAACAUUGACAACGUCUAGCAAUUACAUCUGCAACAUAAUGUUGUUUUUUUUUUUCCUUUUUGUUAAACUUUGUUCAAGACUGAGCGCGCUGUGUCAACUAACGAAAAGAAACUGCCCUGGACUAAGGUAUCUAGAACCCUUUUAUUUGGCUACUGGUUCCCACUAUUUGAAUGUGUAUUGAAACCAUUUCAGAAGAGAAAUGUUUCCUACAGCGUGACAGCGCCUCACGUCUCUUCUGCCAUCUUCACUGGCCUCCUGCUUGGCAUGCGAGAAACUUGAAAAAAACUCCACAAUAAUGAUGUAGUGACUGUGCAAAUUAUUUUUCCUGAAGACGGGAGGCCAAGAAGAACCUUUUGCUUCAGCUUGGCUUCACAGGCCACGACGGCAAACGCAGAAUUGUGCACAGCAAAGCAUCAAGCUAUGCUAUUUCCUCAAUGCUUAAACAUUGCACACAAUAAAGUAAAAACAAAAUAA